AUGACUGCAGCCGAAAUAUUUGACGUUGUGACCGGAAAAUCAAAAAAACCCGUUCUUACAAAAUCAAGUUCAGAAACUGAAGAUGAUGCAAGAAAAAGCAUAUUAUAUGAACAGAAGUCUGCAACAAGCAUUUCUUUGUUACAAGAAAAAUUCUAUGGUUAUGUUAUGGACCCCGUAGAGAGUAUGGCUUGUCACACAUCAAAACUAGAAAAUUUAAGUAAGCAAUUGGUACAAUCAGGAGAACCAAUAUCUGAUUCAAUGCUGAUGACAAAGAUUCUAAUGACGUUACCAGACACUUAUAAACAUUUUUAUAGUGCUUGGGAUUCAAUGUCGAGUUAG